AGAAGUCGGGGAGCGACCACAACGAUCAGUGCCUCAAAUUAUAAUUUAUGCGCAACGCCAGGUGACCAGACGAAAGAGGUGUGAGAUUAGUAAACAGUUGGCCCAAAUGCAGACGACUGCAUCUAAGUGCACCGCACGUCACCCUUGCUGCUCUCUUCAGGACUUAUGUACCCAAGAUUAUCCAAGGUCCUUGAUCUCGGUCACGGAGCAGAUGGGGCAGGAGGUAGGUCUGCACAGCUGGACGUGAUGAAAUGUACUUGGAAAUCAGAGACACCGGGUUAGUCCAGUGGACAAACAAGUAUAUCCAGCAAGGACAUAAAUAUAUCCAGCAAGGACAUAAAUAUAUCCCAUCAAUCACCCGCUGUUCGUGCUCCAGGCCGCAAGACCAGUCACUUCCUCAUCCUUCGCUUUAAAAACCUGAGAAGCACGUACGCUGCCCACCACUCGCUAUCCAGCAUGAAGCUCACACUCCUAUCCCUUGCCCUCCUCUCCGGCGCUCUCGCAUUCCCAGCCCCAGCCGCUGACGCAGAAGCCUUCCCCAUCGAUGAGCUUCUGACUAGCAACCUGGCUCCCGAGGAGCACGCUCUCUCCAAGCGCCAGUACAGCAGCAGUACCUACAACCAGCUCACCGACGGCACCGCAUGCCGCCCCAUCAGUGUGAUUUACGCUCGCGGAACCAAUCAGCAAGGCAAUGUUGGUGACGCCGCAGCAGUCGGUCCCUUGUUCUUCAACCAGAUCGCUAGCCGCGUUGGAGGCACGAGCCAGCUCGCCAUUCAGGGCGUAACAUACUCCGCCAGUAUUGCUGGGUUCUUGGUGGGUGGUGAUGCUACCGGAAGCACCACUAUGACCAAUCUCAUCAGCACCACCGUGACCCGCUGCCCCAAUACCAAGAUCGUUCUCGCCGGCUACUCGCAGGGCGCCCAGCUCGUUCAUAAUGCCGCCGUCCGCACUUCUGCAGCAAAUGCUUCUCAUGUCGCCGCUGUCGUUGUCUUCGGCGACCCAAAGCGGGGCCAGUCUUUUGGCUCGAUCACUGCUUCCAAGACUCUUACUAUCUGCCACAGUGGCGACAACAUCUGCGAGGGAGGUGCUACCAUCACAGCGGCGCAUCUGAACUAUCAGCAGGAUGUCUCGACUGCUGGGGCUUUUGUUGCUGGCAAGGUUUGA